AUGGAUAAUUUAAAAGAAAAACCAUUAUCAUAUAAUAUUAAUAAUAAUAAUUUAAAUAAUAAUAAUAAUAAUAAUAAUAAUAAUAAUAAUAAUAAUAAUAAUAUAAAUAAUAAUAUUAAUAAUAAUAAUUUUAAAUAUGUUUCAUUUUCAGAAUCAUUAGAAGAUAUUGGUUAUCAAAAUCAAUAUAUAAUUGAUAAAGAUGAAGAUUACUAUAUUCAAGAACAAAGAUAUAUAAGGCAAAAUAAUCAAAGUGAUGAUGAAGAAGAUUUUAAUAAUAAUAAUUAUGAAGAUUCAAUUAAAAUUUCAUUAAUUCAAAAAUCAUUUAUAAAAAAUAAAAAAAAUAAAAUAAUUAUAACUACAAUUGUUGUAUUAUUAAUGAUAGCGGUUUCCCUUGGUUUAAUUCUUGCUUGGCAAGGUGUUUUUGAUCAAAUUCAUAAUAAUAAUAAUAAUUCAAAAGAUGAAUGA